AUGGACAAGAAAAUUAUUAUUGUCGGAGCAGGUGCUUCAGGAGUGGCAGCCGCUACGAAACUUGUAUCAAAUGGAUUCAAGCAUGUGACAAUAUUGGAAGCUGGAAAUCGCAUUGGAGGACGAAUCAACACGAUUCCAUUCGGAGCGAAUGUUGUCGAUAUGGGGGCUCAAUGGUGUCACGGUGAGAAGGGAAACGUCGUUUAUGAAAUGGCCAAAGACAAAAAUGUUCUGGCACACAGCAAUGAAGAUGACUUCCUGACAACGUAUGUUCGAUCUGAUGGUGAAGAAAUCUCUAUUGAACUAUCGAAGAAACUCUCGGCUUUCAAUAUACAAAUCUAUGAAUCAUUGGAUAAUGAGGACGAAAAGACAUCCUAUCAAGGCUCAUAUGGCAACUACUUUGCAAAAAAGUUCAAAGAAGCGCUAUCGACCGAAGAAUUCAAAGAAGUCAAUACUGAACUCGCACACGAAUGCUACGAUGCAUUCCAUAAAAUGAUAAAUUCUCUGGAUGGUGCCAACUCGUGGUUUGACACGUCAUGCAAUGCACAUGAGUACGAAAAUUGUGAUGGUGAUUUCAAUUUGAAUUGGAAGGACAAAGGCUAUGUCACUGUUUUUGAUCUGUUGCAGAAUAAGAUUCCCGAAGGAGAAUCAUCAAAGCCGGUGAUCGAUAUUAUUCCAUUGAUAAAUUUCAAUAAGGAUGUGCUUAAGAUUGUCUACAAUCAACCUGAUGGUCCCAUAAAAAUCGAGUGCAAAGACGGUAGUUCCUAUUCAGCUGAUCAUGUCAUUUGCACUGUGUCGUUGGGUGUACUCAAAGAGCGUAAUUUAAACAUGUUUGAGCCACUGCUACCCCUAUGGAAAUUCAAUGCCAUCGAUGGAAUGAUGAUUGGAACCGUGGAUAAAAUCUACUUGGAAUUCGACAAACCAUUUUGGAAUGAAGACUGGAAUGGAUUUUCUAUUUUAUGGAAGUUGGAACAAUUGAAAUUAGUGCGAGCAGAUCCAAUAAACGGAGACUGGCUCGAGGGAUUAAUUGGUUUUUAUCGAUUCAAUCCUCUUCAACCAAAUGUAAUCUGUGGUUGGAUUGUUGGUGAAAAAGCACAAAAAAUGGAGCUUAAGAGUGAUGCCGAUGUCAAAGCCGGGGCCGAAAAGAUUCUACGAAUGUUUUUGAGGCAAUGGAAUAUUCCUAAUGCAAAAACCAUGGUUCGUUCAAUGUGGCAGUCAAAUCCUCUAUUCCGUGGAUCUUACUCAAACUACACUCUCAAAGCAGAGGCAUUAGGGGCCAGUUGCCAGAAACUUGCUGAACCGAUCAAUGACUCAAAUGGAAAGCCCGUAGUGCAAUUCGCUGGAGAGGCAACUAGUGCCAAGUAUUAUUCAUGUGUUCAUGGAGCAGUUGAAUCAGGAUGGCGCGAAGCUGAUCGUCUUAUUGAUUUGUACAAGCCAUCAAACAGCGUUGGACAGCACUGGUCUAAUCAUUCCAGAAACAGCAGUUCUUAUUCAGCUGAUCAUGUUAUCUGUACGAUUCCAUUGGGUGUCCUCAAAGAACGACACUUGCAUCUGUUCGAGCCCAUAUUGCCUCUGUCGAAAUUCACCAACAUCGAUGGUUUGUCGUUCGGAACUGUUGAUAAAAUCUUCUUGGAAUUCGAUAAACCAUUUUGGAGUUCAGACUGGGAUGACUUUUCCAUUCUGUGGAAAUUGCAACAAUUGGAAGAAGUGCACGAGGAUCCAAUCAAUGGCGUUUGGCUCGAUGUUUACUUGGCUGCUAUGCUUUCAAUACUCUCCAACCAAAUGUACUAUGCUUUUGGAUCACUGGUCUGA